CGUUGCUCCGCACUCGUCUGCUAGCCAGCGUUGAGCGCGUACGCGAUCGUUUCGGGAAAACCAAAAGUUGUUUUGAUCGCGCAUGCUUCCUGAGACGAAGUUUUGAUUGCAUAUAGAGUCGAUAGUAUCGCAGGAAAUCACGAAAGUGUGACCUCGUCGACAUCUGUCACUAAUUUGUUCGGUUCUUCCUGACGUUCCUGUGUCCACCACGUGGGAUAAUUCGAUGGCCAGCGGAGUUAUAGUGAGCUACCCGUCUCCGGCGCUUCAUGAGUCGCGCACCACGGUCUUCAAGAAAGAUCGACGCAUUCGGCAUUCCAAGUCGGACCCUGUGCUGGUAGCACUGUCGCACAACUCGUUCGCGCGGUGCUCAGACCGGGACAACUGCUGGGACAGCAUCGAGGAUCUAUCACAACAACAGCAGCAGCACCAGCAGUCGGACGGGUCCGACGCGAUUACACUGGAGGGUCUCAAGAGCGACUACAACUGCUGUUUCACGUGUGGGGUGAGCUGGUCAGAGGAACAGGCUUGCCUGGACUGCACCGAGUGUGGCGGAUACGCCCUGAAACGCCCCUGCCCCCACUGCAAUGGCAGCUGCGACGGUCUGUGGAGCCGAGACUUGGAUGCUACCCACAAGAAGAGGCGCGCCCAGUGGCUGGGAGAGUGCAAGAAGGCUCCCCAUGACAACGCACCAAAGAAGAGCCAGGACUCUUGAGUGCUGUCCUUUCUAGGAUAGCUCUCGAGCGGCACCACCACUUCCGUCAUCUGUACAUAUAACAAGUGACCCGUCGCAUCCACAGUGUCGUUCUACCUCCCGCCUGCCGCACGCCGAUCUUGGAGUUUGGCGAAUAGCAAAGAUGAGAGCACCACAGCGUACGCGUCGCUACAAGUGUUGUGUGCUGCGUGGUGCCCUCUGCACGAUCAUUUAGUGGUCACGGACGCUGCUGGACUUCUUGUUAUAGUGCGGCAUCCUCUGAGCUUGCGGGCGUCGUAGAACAACGGCCACGGCAUUGUGCCUAUCGGAGACGCCAGCGGCACGAUGCUUUCGUCGUUGGCCCAGUGAGUGGGGCACAUGUCACAUCCAGAACAUUCCAGUUUGCACUAAGUCGGCUGCUUCCUCGCAAGCGGGUUGGAGAAUAUGAGACACUGGGAUCUCGGGCGAUAGAUAUUCUGUACAUAUGUGUUGCUUGUUUCGUGCUUUUCCCGUAUUUGUCCGUCCCUACGCCUGUUUGGUCGGAAGGUCUUCCCCCCCCAUUUGAAGCUUCCGCAACAAAAAUAAGGACGCGGCUAUUACGCUUUCAAAUGUAAAAACGUGCCGGAAAAUGUGAAAUGUCUUUUCUUGUAAAGAACGACAUGUGGCGCAAAAUAUCACUUUGUUGAUUUUGCAAUGUUCCUAGCUGUAAUUCCUACUCGUUCACUCACGAGAGAUCACGAGUGAAAAGAUUUCUGACCAACGUAGCUUAGCGCUUUUUCUGCAGCGUUAAACUGGUCUGUUUUAACCUACAAACUAGUGCCUCAUAAUCAACAGCAGAUGAGCACAGCAGGACAAAUUUAUUUGCAUACUAGUGGCAACUGUGUAAGACCAGAGGUAGCAUGUUCAACGCUUUCCUUCUAACACGUAACGAUUAGGUUAAGCAUCAGAUAUGUCAUAGAUGUGGGCCGUUAUUUACGUCGCAGUCUGAUAUCAACGACACGCGUGCGCUAAGUCAAUUCCAUAUAGCACCAUGAGACGUGGCGUAAAUAGAUUUAGCGCCUCUUUCAGAUUUGCGUAUGAUAAAAUUACGUGACCACUGAAGCGACGAACUCCCGCUCAUUGCUGUGCACACGUGAGCUAGUUAGUGAUUUAUCAUUGCAUGGCUUAGCUUGAGUUAGUGACUAAUCAUAGAUUAUCACGAAGGAGGUAUCACAAGAUUUCCGUUAAGUUAUUCGCUAUCACACCAAAGCCUUUGCUGCCACCCGUGCAUAGUUUCUGAAUAGCUUCUUCUUAUAAAGGAUGGGCGCUCAAAAUUAUCUGUCUUUUAUUGUGAACCAAAAGUGUUCUUACUCUGCAGCUGUGUAUGUAUAGAAUCUUUCACUGUGAACGAAAUUCGUCCCCACUUUUAGACUGCUAUUGUCAUACCUUCAAGCCGGAGUUUUAGGAGGCAGGCGAACAGUUGUUUAGUAAUAGCGGGUGCUUUUUGAAAAAAAAAAAGAAGGUGUGCUUUGUAAGAGUGCCUGAGGAAGUCAUUCAUGUGAGACGAGAGUGCCUUGGAUAUGCGAGGAAGCAAUCCACAGAACGUGUAUUUUUGUAAGCGGAGAUGACAAACGUUACAAACGCCAAGGCAUAGUGUAUGGAAUAUGGUUACGAAAGGCGAGAAUUGGAAUGUUUUCACAGUCGGCUGACCAGGGGGCUGAAGGAGGCCUGACGCAGUGCACCAGAAUUAACGAUUCCGCUUGCUUGUCGGGCGUUCCAGAUGUUCCAUGGUGUCAGACGAAGCUUGCGUGCUAUCUUUAUAUUUUCUAUUAUUCGACGUGUCACAUGCAUAUCUAGGGUAAUCACUCAAAAUUUAAGGAUUAAGCUUUACGAUUGCAUAUUAUGCGGCCAGCAUGAUUAAAUACAGAAAUCGCUGCACAGAUUAUUAGCGAAUUGCUCAAAAAGUGCAGCGAAUCGAGAAUUAAAUGAGCAUCCGACUUUUCAGAUUCGCAAAUAUUAAAGCCCGAAAGUCGCAUACGCUGUGCAGGCCCUGCUUUCAGCCUUCUACAAGCCCGCCGCAAAACUCUUAAUGCUACUUAUGUUUUUAAAAGAAACGGGUCUAGACAAGCGGCUGUGACAGUGAUGUCACGUACCACGCAAGAGUUACGCACUGUGACUGACUAUGUGUGUGCUGUGCUAUGUGCUCUCUCUCUCUCCUCCCCAUAUUUCAUCCCCCCCCCCCCCGAUCCCGCUCCCAUGUGUAGGGUAGCAAAUCAGUUGUGCUAAACUAGUUAACCUCCCUGCUUUCCUUCUCCACUCUUUCCUUCCUUCCUUGAUGCCACAGAUAUCAAACUUGUCCUCCGGUGCACAGAUAUGUUCAUCGUGCGUGUCUUAUUUAUUGAAAUAUGUAUCGCGGAUUGUGCAUUUCUUUCAGAGUGAUUAUGAUUUGCAAUAAACGUUAUCUCACAGAUACUUGA